AUGGCAGAUCCCAAAACGCGCAGCUCCACGUCUUCCCGUGGACGAGGCGCUCCGCGCGGGAGUCGCGGGGGGGGUCGCGGCGCAGGAUCCUCUUCGCGAGGCCGUUCCUCGGUUUCAGGCGCGAGGCGUUUUCCGCCCUCCGGCUCGGCAGCCCGCGGCCUAUCGCCCUCGACCUCGCUUUCCCGCGGUCAUGCUCGCGGAGGAAGGGGAUCUUUUGUGCGCGGCGGGAGAGGAGCCUUCGCUUCCCGUGGCAAGAGCCUCACUUCUCAGCGCGGUCCCUCGAUGAACGCCACGGUCUCGUCACACUCGCGAUUUGAGGGCGGGCGCGGUCGCGGAGGCCGCGGGCGCGCAAGAGUAGGCAGCUUAAGCCAGCGCGGCGAAAGGGGGAGAGGCUAUUCUCAGGCUGGCCGCGUGUGCUUCCGCUCUGCAUCAUCAUCCGCAGGGGCAGAAGUCCUGAAGAAGAGGAAGACCCGCGAAACAAGCGAGGAAGAGGGCGACGGAGAGCGCCGCGCGGAGCGAGAAAACGCGGAGAUCCAGCACGAGUGCGCUGAAGAAAGCGUGUUCAAAAAAGGAAGCAUUCUCGCGCUCCUCCGUGGCGAGGCACAAGAAACCGGAGGCGAGCCCGGGAGCGCAGCUGCCUCUCUCUUCGAGGGCACGACGAAGGACGAGCAGAGCAAAGAUUCGAAGAAAAAGCGGAGGCGCCAAGACCAAGCGAACGGGACUGCUGAGGUGUCUGCAGUGGACGAGGAAACCGGCGGAGCUACGGAAGAGGAGGAGCGGAAGAAUGAGAAGAAGAGCAAAAAGCGAAAGGCAGACAGGGAAAAGGAGACAGCAGAAGGGUCUUCUUCCUCUUCCCCCGGUCACGAAAAUGACGUCGGUCUCACUCGCCUCACCGCGCUCUUUUCUUCUUCGCCGGAAGCUCUGGCCGCUCUCUCCUUGCAGCGUCCUUCCUCGCACGCAAGGCGAGCCAAGGAAGCCGAGAGAGACGAGGCUCUCGCGUCUGAUGAAGAUCCUCUCUCCCCCGCCUCGCUCCUCGCGGCGGCGAAUGCAGGGACUCAGGAAAAAAAGACAGGCGACUCUCUGAUGGGCGCGAUCGAGAAGGCGAGGGCGGUGACGGCGCAGUACCGUCGAGAGCAGAAGAAGGCGCGGAAGCAGCUGAAAGAAGCAGAGAAAUCGGUCAAGGAAGCCAAGCUCCAGAAAAAGACGGCCGAUGAGAAGUCUAAGGUCAGCAAAGAGCGCGUGCAAAGUGAAGUCGCGGACGCGGAGUCAGAGCCGGAAGAGGAAGGCGCUUUAGAGGAUGAGGCGCGCUCGGAAGAGGCUGAGGAAGGAUGGAGAGAGACCGACAAAGAGAAGGAGAAACGAACCGUGUUCAUCGGCAACCUGCCUCUCUCGGGGUGGAAGCCUCCUGAGCUGUACAGACACCUCGGGGUCGCGAAGAAGGACGUCGAAUCGAUUCGACUCCGCUCGAUUCCCGUUUUGCCCAAGUUCAACAAACGCCGCCUCGGAGGUCUUGUGCACCGGCAGUUCACGGAUGUGAAGGACUUUCAAAACGCUUACGUCGUGCUGAAGGAUCGCGAACUGGUCCGCUCGGUGCUCCAGCGAGACGGAGCGUCGUUCCAGGAGCGGCCGCUGCGCGUGGACGAGGCUGGCGAGCGGGGUCAGAACGUGUUCAGUCGCUUCGACAGAAAGAAAACCGUCUUCGUGGGCAACUUGCCUUCUCGCUGCUCAGAGGAAGACCUGCGCGCCGCGCUCGCAGGCAACGGCGCCAUCAAAGCCGUGCGCAUCAUUCGAGAUAAAGUCACUUCGGAAACAAAAGGGUUUGGCUUCGUCUGCUUCGAGGACCGGGUCUCCGUCGCCCGUGCCGUCCUCGCGAGCAACGGCGUCACCAAGCUUCAGGGUCGAGUGCUGCGUGUCACGAGGGCGCUGGAUGAGGCGACGUCCAAGAUGGAAGAUGCGAAGCGCCUCCACGAGAAAGAAAAGAAGCGUGCGCGAAGAGGAGGAGCGAGCCGUGGCGUCUCUCCCGCGGUCCGACGCAUCAUGCAGAAGAAACAACGCAAGAUGGCCAAGCGCUACGAGAACCGCGGCUACGCUCCCCAGGGCAAAGGCUUGUCUGCAGCCUUUUAG